AGAUAACCAAAGAGUAGGAGUAAUCUGUACGAAAAGGUUUUGUGAAACAACAACCCAGGUACGAAGGUAUUGCGAAGUCGGGGACCGCAAAUUCGAACUUGGAGUUUCUUUCAACAUGGGUGAGUGUCGUGAAUGUACAUGUACACAGGAAGGGGUAAGGUGUAUCGAAAGGGUUAUAUGUAAGAAGACAACAGAGGCAUCGCCACAAUACUGUAUAUAUGAAGACGAGAAAUAUAAAAUUGGCGACGUUUUCCCCAUGGGCGAUAAUUGCAACACUUGCAAAUGUACUGAAGAAGGACUUUACUGCACAAAGAAAUAUUGCAAAGGGUGCACAAUUGGCGACAAGGAUUACAAAGUAGGGGACACCUUCAAAGAUGUUUGCGCCGAGUGUGAAUGUACGACGGAGGGAGUGAAAUGUGAAGAUAUCGUUGACUGUGGAGCGUGCGUGCAUGAGGACAAAAAGUAUGCGAUUGGUGACGUGUUCAAGGGGAGAGAUGGUUGUUAUUCAUGCAAAUGCACGGAGGAGGGUAUUCAAUGUUCCGAAAAGGACGAUUGUGAAAAGCAAGUUUGCAAACUUGGUGACAGAAAAUUCAAAGUCGGAGAUAUUAUCGAAACGGACAAUAAGAAUAAAGUGUGCUAUUGCAAGAAAACAGGUAUAGAAUGCAAACUAUCGUUUCCAAAGGUUUGUAAAUAUGAUGGUAAAUUCUACAAGAUCGGUACGAAAUUCGAUAUACUUGAAGGAUGUAAAACAUGCCAGUGUCUCGAGAAUGCCAAGCUUGUUUGCUCAAAGUCAAAAUGUGCCAACACUGAACCUAGCUGGACGACACCAAGAGGCCCUACAUCAAGUCCACAAUGUACUAACGAAUGGUUGAAGGAAGGAGAAUGCAGAAAGCUGGAUGACGGUGAAUGUCGUUGCUGCUAUAACGGCAAUGUGAAAGAUGGACCGUGCUAUCCAUGGGGUCCACCUGAUCCUACAGAUGAACCAAUAAUUGACCCGAUUCCUUCAGCUCGGCCGACACCAAAAGAUCCCUCUCAAAAGGGAGACUGUAGCUAUAACGCCCAAGGUUACAAGUAUGGGGACCGUUUCUUGGCUGAGGAUGGUUGUAAUAGCUGUCUGUGUACCCUAAAUGGACCAGUGUGCAGUAACAUCAACUGUACUCCGCAAUGUAAGUACCUUGGUAGGACUUAUCCGUUGGGUUCACAGUGGCAAAUGGAUAACACUGGGCCAUGUGGUGUCUGCUCGUGCAAUACAGAUGGAAUGAAAUGUGACACAAAUCAAUGUCAAUUGGACAAGACCAACGCGGUAUCGAGGGUAGUCGUUAGUUCUUGGGUCAUGUGCCUAGUGUUUGGGGUAUAUCAACUACUUAUGUG